AUGCUCAUGGACACCAAAGCGAACAUGACCAUCACAUACAGUCGUCAACUACAAAACUAUACCUACGACACAUUCAAAAAUGUGUUGAAGGCCAUUAAAUCAGUUUCAAGAGUUACUGUUGUCUGUCUGGAAUCAGCAGUUGCUCGACGAAAUAUGUAUAUUGCCAUCGCCGAAGAAGGCAUGAACACUAAUGAUUAUGUGUAUUUGCUGUUGGAUAACAGAAAACUGGGGUUUAGAUUUUCUGGAACUGUAAUUAUCAACGAGAAUUUGACAAGAAAUCCUGUGUUUUUGGUUUACGGUUUGGAUUCUGUCGACAAACAGAUUGUUUUGAUGCAAAUUGCAGAAGACUUGGAAAAUAAGAGCGUAGAUUUGAUUCAAGAAUUACAGCCGCCAUCAGUGGUUUGGGCUAACCAUGGAGGAUCUGUCCCUCUUAAUCGACCUCGUUGUGAUUUUGAUGGAAGUGCAUGCCCAGCGAGUUUCAUUGAACAGUAUCUGGUCAUUAUCAUUGCAGCAGUUGUGGUGCCUAUUAUUAUCGCUGCUACCUCCGUGUUCUUUCUACUAAGGUUGCCAUAACG